UGGCACAUGGCAUGGCAUCAACGAAUGGAUAGUGAACGAUCCAACAUGUCCAGCUUGUCUCGUUCAUCGUCUCUUACUGCAUAAGGUGUCCAAGCUUCGUGCGCGAGUAUCCUUGCAAGGAUACCGCAUCCUUCCCUGCGCCUGCCCAACAUCCAGCAUCAAGAAUUUCCGAGACCCUCGCCGUGACUCCUGCAUGAAGGUCAAGAGUAGAGCGGAGGAAGGCGAGCUUGUGCAUCUGUGACCCCAUCCUACAACCCCUCCUGAACGACACUUGUUGAAAUCGGACCGAAAUGCCUGCCACACCUACUUGUCCGGGACCGCAGAGAAGGAAGCAGCAGCGAAUACUGCUCUCAGCGCUCGCAGCGCCGCUUUUUUCCUCCGUGGUUACUGCGCAUCAACACCCCUUCCUGGCUCAAGUAGACGUACUUGAGACUGUACCUGGGCAAGCCGCCGAACAUUGGACAGCAGCCUAUUCGAAUGACGCUGCAAAUUCUUCGAAAAGCAAUGCACCAAGCAUGUCUUCAACCGCGCUCGCUGCGUCGAGCAAGCUCUUUGGCCGCUUCCUGCAUAUCACCGACAUGCAUCCUGAUGGCUUCUACAAGCAUGGAUCAGCCGUCUCGUCAGGAUGUCACAGCAACGAGCCGCACAAGAAGAAGCCUGGUGGAAAGGCGAGAGCGGGAUACUGGGGGACGGGAAUCAGCGACUGUGACUCACCGAAACGCUUGAUCUCUUCAACGCUAGACUGGCUUUCAACGAACUGGCAGAAAGCGAAUGGGACAGACGGGAUAGACUAUAUUAUCUGGACUGGUGAUUCGGCACGACAUGACAUCGAUUCCAAGCACCCACGAACCCGAGCAGAAAUCUACGAGUACAAUCGAUGGGCACUCGCAGAGCUCGAAAAGGCUUUCCCUGCCGUUCCUAUUGUACCGACAAUUGGAAACAAUGACAUCUUUCCACACAAUAUCAUGUUUCCCGGUCCAAACGACAUCACACGUGAAUACACCUCCAUUUGGGGCAGCCAAGUGCCGGAGUCUGAAUUCCACGUCUUUCAAAAGGGUGGAUACUACGCCAAAGAGGUACUGCCCAAUGAACUCGCAGUCUUCAGCCUCAACACGCUGUACUUUUAUGACAGCAACAAGGCGGUCGAUGGAUGCAAGAAGUACAGCAAGAAGACACCCGAGAAGGAUUGGGAUCCUGGUAGCGUGCAGCUCGACUGGCUCGAGGUGCAGCUGAUGCAGCUGCGGACUCGCGGCCUGCAGGCGCAGCUGGUCGGACACGUGCCGCCGACUGCAGGCAACUACUUUCCGCGCUGCUACUCCCGCUACACAGACAUUGUGCUGCGCUACCAGGACACGAUUAUUGGGCAGCAUUUUGGGCACAUGAAUGUCGAUGCCAUCUUUUUGCAAGAAGGGCCUGGAGGCAUAAUAAAAGGCAAAGCGCUGGCGCACGUAGAAACAGCUGCUAAGGGAGCGAAGUGCGAGACUUGGAAGCGCGGCGGUGGCGCAAGGCCUAUCAGCAUUGCUGCAGGGCCAGAUAUCGUUGACGAUAUCCGCGACGAAUUCAACACCCUACCCGGACGGCGUCGGACUAAUCUGGACCAGUACAACUUUUUCUUCUCGGCACCGAGCAUCGUCCCCACCUGGUGGCCGUCCGUGCGGGUCUGGACGUACAACGUGACACGCGAGAGUGCUUUCAAGCAGCAGGCGCGUGCGACCGACGCACCUGUGCUUGCCGAGGAAGCCGAUGACGAGGAGAAGGAGAUGGACCACCAGGAGGAAGUGAAUGAGGUGAAUGGAGAUGAGAAGAACGUCCCUGCACAGGCAUGCUCGGGCUCUGGCGGAGCCUGCGCGCAGAGAAAUCACCGCCACCCCAGGCCAGGCAAGAAGCAGAAGCACAACAAGACGUACCACUCUAACCCUGACUCUCCUUCGCGCACCAAUCGCUUCUUAACGCCGCUUGGGUAUUCGCAGUGGGUCUUUGAUAUCGACCGCGCGAACAAGGCAUAUGAGAAAUGGCUCAGAGAUCAGAAGAAGCGGCGACCGCGGCGAAAGCAGCAUCAUCGAAAAGGCCGAUGGCUCUUGGCGGGAGCUGAAGAGUCGCAGUGGGGGGCCGAAGAGGAGGUGGGGGAAGACGAGGAAGGCCCAGGCUCAGCGGAAUACCAGCUGGAAUACGUGACCUACCCUGCAAGCGUGCUCUGGGCCGAGUUCGCAUCACCAAACCCUGGAUCAGGAAGUAAAAAGGCGGGGCACGGGUACGCACAUAUUCCUGUGCCAAAACACCUCCUACAAGUCGAGCUGAGCCGGUUCGGCGUGGACCCGUCAGGCGAAUUCGAACUCAACGCUGCAGACCCUCCAUCAUGGUCGUGGCUGUGGGGGUUGGGGUGGUCAGAGAGGCUGAUCAGGGCGGUUGACGGCGGCAGCAGCAGACGAGGCAGCAAGAAACACGGCAAGCGCAAGCUUCCGAAAGCGCUGCGACACAUGACGGACUGGAGCGCGGAGUCGCUGACGGUUGAGGACGUGAUGAACUUCGCACGACGCCUCGCGAACGACGACAAACUGUGGAGGCGCUACGUCCGGCGCAUUUUUUCCUCUUCCGGCGAGGAGAAGGAGGCCUAGUGAAGAUGGGUGGGAAGUCGGGAAGGGAGGCGCCCCUGCUCUUCGGCGCCGCCGGCGAAUCGAACAAGCGAAUGAGUUAUCCUAUUGGUACGCAUAUAAUUUAGUAUAUCAAUGCUGCAAUCUAUUCUACAUGUGUACAGGGAGC